AUGGCCUGCCUCAACACGCACCCACAACUCGUUGCACAAUGCAAUCCAUCAUUAUCGGCUGAUUUAGGACGCGCCCGUUUCUGCAGUCUGCAGCUGCGCCGGCGCACCACAUGCGGUGAACGUAUGUGGGCGACGCUGUGUAUGGCGCGUGCGUUAUACGACAAUAUCGCUGAGUCGCCGGACGAGUUGGCGUUCCGUCGCGGCGACUUGCUGACCGUGCUGGAGCAGAACACUGGGGGGAGUGAAGGCUGGUGGCUUUGUUCACUAAGAGGACGACAGGGAAUAUGUCCCGGCAACAGAUUGAGAAUUGUGGCUGGCGUAUUCGACGCAAGCAAUGCAAUGCAAAGAAGGCGAGCGCGGCCCCCUCCGCCAGUCGCUCAUCAACCUUUACCUACACAACAGUCGCCCGCUUUCACAAAAAUCGAGGAGUGUUCACAUUACGAUGUUCCACGCGCACCGAUGCCGGUUCAGCGUUUAGGAAUGUACGACUGCCCUCGACCUCUCGCGGACUGGUAUGAUGCACCUCGGGCUCCGCGGCCAGCGAGCGCAGACUCUGCAUGUAGCGGAACCGGGUCGCUAGCGUCUGCAACUUCAAGCGCUUCGGCCAACUCUGGCAGUUCAGUUCACUCCGCUGCCUCUGCGUCUAGCACAUACGACGUUCCCAGAUCACGAGCGCUGCCUCUUCCUUGCGACGCUGCCCUAGAGGCACUCGAUAGAUUACAGGAGGAGGCGUCUGCUGCCGUGUCCCGGCUGCUAUCCCACGUGUCGCCGGGCUGGCGACGGCGCGGCGCGCUUCGCGGGCGUGUGCUGGACGUACGUGUAGCCGGGGCCCGACUUCGCGCUGCAUUACACGACCUUGCGGUCUUUGCAGAUGCCACGCUCGCUAACGCACACGAUGCACAAGAUAAAGGUAUCGCAGUAAAACUACGACCACUGGUAAAAGCACUGAAAGACGCAGAGCGGAUCACGCACGAAGCGACCAGUGCUUUAGACGCGGGCGAUUGGGCACCGGAACGAUUGGAAAGAGAUAGAGAACCGACAGACGGCACCGAAGAUGCAUUAGACCAGCUCGUGUCGUGCGCGAGGUCACUCACUGAGGAUGUCAGAAGAGCUGCCUCAUUUAUUAAUGGAAAUGCAUCAUUGCUUUUUAGACGGUCACCAGCAGUCCCAGUGCCCGAACAUGAGUGGACUGAAGAAUAUGACUACGUCAGGCUAGAAUCGCGGACAGCAGUUGGCCGGCGAAAUGCAGAGAUUCGCGCUGCACUACCUGACAAACUAAGGGCUUCCUUCGAUGCUCUCGUUCGAGACGCUGAUCAUGCUGGCGAGGUCAGUGCAGUAGCUGCAGCAACUCGUUUGCCAGCAGACGAUAGGCAACUAGCAGCUUUCUAUGCAGCUCAGGCCGCCACGUAUGGCGCGCACCUCGCUACAGCGGUAGAAGCCUUCCUCAGAACUAUAGAAAUGGGACAACCACCUGAUGUAUUCCUUGCACACGGGAAGUUCGUCGUGCUCAGUGCUCACAGGAUUGUUCAUGUGGGCGACACAGUACACAGGAGCGCCCAACAUGCAGGUCUAAAAACCCAAGCGCUGAGAUGUUCGGAUGCACUAUCAGAUGCGUUGGCUACGACCGUAGCCAAGACGAAAGCUGCAGCGCAACUGUUUCCUUGUGCCAGUGCUGUCGGAGACAUGGCCGAAGCUGCGCGAGCACUUGCUACUCGUGCUCAAGAGCUUCGAAGAGUUUUAGUUCGAGCAGCCGACCCACCGCCUCCACCAGAUACGCCGCUAACGCCUGCCACAGCAGUACCACCUUCUAUUCCUACCACACCGCUUACCCCGCUCACACCACUCAAUUCUACCACUGCAUCAUUAGCUGCCCUUCAGAUAUAA